AUGGAGAUUGGAUGUUGUUUCGUAUGUAACGAAUGUCCAUUGAAUUUCAAGACCCUAGGCGAUUUGGAAGAACAUCUACAUGAUCAUCAGAAGUCCAAACCAAGCCAAAUUCAGACUCAACUCGAAGAGAGUGAAGAGGUAGGUUACAAGUUUUUAAUUUUUAUGAUAAAAUGACAUUGAGCUCGUCUUAAUAACAUUAGGCCGGGCUUAAAUGGGCUAAAAGUUAAUAAAACCGAAGUUUGUCGCUAGAAAACUUGAAAAAUUGGCUAAAAAUGGAAUGUCUUGUUGAAAAUUUGAAUUGGAAUGAAAGUUCUUGCAAUUUUUUAUAUAAAACUUCAUGCUUGUUUUGAUGAUUUUUGUCAUAUAAAUGUUUAUUUUUGCACGGUCAAUUUAUAAAACUUGCUGCACAGUGCACCCAAUUUUAAAUUUUUCUUGUGCCUUUUUUAGUUGACAAUGAUGAAUAAUAUUUAUAGUAUCUUUUAAGUCAUUCAUUACACGUAAUUUAAAAUAUAUUUCAUUUUUAUUGCUUUGAAAAUGGCAGUUGUAGAAGACUAAAAAAAAUACUGCACGGUGCAAGAUGCAAUCACAAAAAUCUUUUGCACCGUGCGAUAAACUAUACUUCUUGAUAAGGCCGUUUUUGAGUGACAUUGAAAGGUAAUAAUGAUAGUGCAUAUAGAGUAGGUUCCUAGGCUUUUAUAGAAUUUUAUUUCAUUUUAGUAGCAUUCGAAAUGGCAGACUUAUAAGGAGUUUUAAAAUGCUGCACGGUGCAAGUCGAAGAAAUUUUUGCACUGUGCUUAGUUCGUCUUUUACGUUUUUCUUGGGAUAGAGGAGGGAGGGGGACAGGGACGUCACUAAAGAUUUUUUGGAGGGGUUAGGUAGGGAGGGGGUGGAUGGCAUGAUCCGGGGUGGAUCCCAUUUUUACAGGUCUAAUUAAAUCCUAAUGUCUAUAUUUCAAACCAAAAAACUAAAAAGUUGUGUACAGUAACCCUUUGUGUUUACCCCACCUCUUCUGCCUUCCCCCCCCUGAUUUCAUGUGUUUAGACUAACUGUUUGGUCGAAAACAGUGUCUGCGCGAAAGAAGCCCAGCCAAAACAGAAUCAAUGAAAGUGCGUGCAAAUAAGUUUGUGGCUAGAUUUCGGAGAAAGGGGGGGGGGGGUUGUUAUGCACAGGUCAAGCCUGUUUGUGAACAGUUUUGGUUGUUGUUGUUCGAGAGCUUUGGUUCCUGAUUUCGAAGGUGUUCUUUGGGUAUAAAGUGACGUUAUGAAAUUAAAAAAAUUAAAAUGUUGGGUUUGGAAAGAAAGUUUUUGCGAUUUUUUGGCUUUGGAAAGAAAGUUUUCGCGAUUUUUUGGCUUUGGAAAGAAAGUUUUUGCCAUUUUUUGUUCCGGAAAGAAAGUUCUUGCCAUUUUUUGAUUUGUAAAAAAAGUUCUUGCAAUUUUAUAAUUUGUAAAGAAAAUUCUUGCCGUUUUUUGUUCUGGAAAGAAAGAUUUUGCAAUUUCUUGCUUUGUAAAUAAAGUUUGUGCCAUAUCUUAAAUUUUAAAGCAAGUUCUUACUGUUUUGUUAUUUGUAAGCAAAGUUCUUGCUAUUUUCUGUUUUUGUAAAGGAUGUUCUUGACAGUUCUUUCUAAAAAAGCCAAUAUUACUGUCUUGCAGCCUGCAGGUGACAUGUUAUACGAUGAAUAACCGUUUUGUAUGCUGUAAAGAAAAUCUUUGUUAUUUUGAACCCUAUGUAAGAAAAUUACCGUAUACUGCAGUACCCUUUCCCCCUCUCCUUCCCCCCCCACCAAACGUUGUUUACGCCCCUCAAACUUUGUUCGUAUGUUCGCUCUUAUGUGAUGCUAUGGCCAUGUGUAAUAUGGGCCAAGAAGAUGUUCGUGUCACCUGGAGCCAGCGCGAACCCGAUCUUUCGCUGCCUUUUUGUUGUUGAUCCACCCACCCCCCCCCCGUUCAGCCGCGCCUGUUUUGCGGUUUGACCCCUGCGGAAAUUGUUUAUCCGCUGCGGCCGAAAGCCAGUGUAAAGUGGUUUACGGCAUGAAUAAUAUACCGAGAGAUCGGUUUCAUUGAUCUUUCGCUUUAAAUUUGUGGGAAUGGCAACAACUUUCUUUACAGAUCGAAAAAUGGGAAGAACUUUCUUUACAAACCAUUAAAUCCGAAAAGACAUCCUUGGUAACAUCUAAAAAUGUCUUUUUUUACUGUAAAAGCCACCAUUGCACCGUCCAAAGUGAUAAUUUUUUUGUUGCACGGUGCAAUAUUUUUUAAAAGCUUUAUACAACUGCCAUUUUUAAAGAUACCAAAUUGUAAAUACAGUAUAUAGGUGCUUAUUUACUUAGUUCAAAAGGUAAUAUAUGCCUUUUUGUUCAAGGUUGAUUUAUAAAAUGGCAUUAUGAAAAAAAUAAAAAAUACUGCACGGUGCAAUAGAAUUUAGAAGUUGCACAGUGCGGAGAAAAAUGUAAAAUACGGUAUUGUUUCUGGAGCUAAAAUAAAUAAAAUAUUAUAAAAAGCAAGAACUUUGUUUACAAAACCAAAAAUGAGAAGAACUUUCUUUACAAAAUAUAAAUGGCAAGAACUUUCUUUACAAAACAAAAAAUGGCAAGAACUUUCUUUACAAAACAAAAAAAAUACCGCAGCAAACAUUGCUAAAGUGAGAUGACGUUUCAUCGAAGAACUCGUGUAUCAUUAACAAAAGAAGCGACAGCGCUUUGCCUCGAACUCAAAAGGCAAACGGAACUAAGCGAUUGUAAAUUAAUAUCUGCUGUUGCUAGCAGUAAUAAGAAGCUCAAAAGGGGUCAUAGGUUGGAUAACAUAACAUAGUAGCAUGCUCUUACUUAUUUACUUUUUUCUUCAUUUUUUAUGUUUGAUCAUGUCAAGGGUGGUGACUUUUUGGGCUGGAAAGUUGGUUUUUGAAGGUUAUGGAGGGGUGGAGAGAGUAGAGUGGUCAUUUUAUUGGUUUUUAAUCAGGUUUGGACGCUAGGAAGGGCAGGUUAUAGAGCUGAAAUGGCUUUUAUAGGGCAGGGCACGGAACUACAAUAUCUUUUAUUGGGCUUGGCAUAGCAGGGGCAGUGCAGGACACGAAAUUGUAAAGAAAGUUCUUGCCAUUUUUUGUUUUGUAAAAAAAGUUCUUGCCAUUUUGUGGCUUUUAAAGAACGUUCUUGCCUUUUUUCUUUUUUGUAAAAAAAAGUUCUUGCCACUUUUUGUUUUGUAAAGAAAGUUCUUGCCAUUUUUUGUUUUGUAAAGAAAGUUCUUGCGUUUUGACAAAUUUAAAAAAAUUUAAAAACUUAACAUUAUUGAAAUAAAAAAAUAUGUUAAAAUAUUCAAAGUAUAUUAUUUUGAUUGACGUAUUUUACUAUUACUACUCUUUCACAUGCACUACUGUAUUUUAAGGAGCAAAUGUGGGAAUUCUGUAGAUUUUAAAAUUUAUUCUGAAUUUUUAUGUUAUACAUAAGCUUAUUGUAUGAUUCUAUAUUUGCUUAAAAUGUCAAAUAUUUUACUGCACGGUGCAAUAAAUAAGUGUGCACCGUGCAGUCAAAAAGUUUUUUUUGCACCGUGCAACAAAUAUUCUUUUUAUCGCUGCGCAAUUUUUAACAAAUUUUAGGUAACAAAUACUAUUUUAAUAUUUAGUAAGUACCUAUAAAAAACUAUUAGAAUCAUUUGCACAUUGAUUGCUUUAUAAUGAAUGGCACAAUAAAUUUUUGAAAAAUGGCUGCACAGCGCAACAAAUUUCUGUUUGGAGCUGUGCCAUUCGUAGCUUAUUUUACGUAACAAAAACAGUGGGACUAUUUAACAGGUACUUAUAAAAAGCUAUUAAAACGGUUUUUACAUUAAUUGCUUUAUAAAGAAUGGCACAAUAAAUUAUUGAAAAAUGAUUGCACCGUGCAAUCUAAAAACUUCAUUGCACCGUGCAGAGGGAAAAAAUAUUUAAAUUUAUUGUUAUAUUAUUCAUAAACAUCUUCUAUGUCAAUAAUGUGUAAGGUCAAUAAUUUAUCAGACUACAUGACCCAUUACGACAUAUUGUGUUAUAGUAGGUAUUAGAUAUGGCUAAUUAGGCAGUUUGGCCCAUUGAUCCCAAAAAGUGUGAAAUCCCGCUGACUUUGGCUUUGUUUAAACGGGCGAAAGCAAAUACAGGCUUGUUUUGACGCGUGGUCCAAAAGUUUAUGCACACAGAGUGAUGGGCAGGCCAUGUUCAGCCUAACUUGAUCGUGUUUGGGUAUGUAAAGCAAGGCUGGGCGGGUAAAUAAUGGAAAAAGCUUGUGAAAUGGCAUUAAAAUACCCUUACAAUUCUUUAAAAUGGCAAGAACUUUUUUUACAAAACAUAAAAUUGCAUGAACUUUCUUUACAAAACAAAAAAUUGCGAGAACUUUCUUUAUAAGGUCAUAAAAUCAAAAAAUUAAUCUUUGAUGUCAUUUAAAAACGUCACUUUUACUUCAAAAACUAACAUUGCACCGUGCAAAAAAAUUAGUUCGUUGCACGGUGCAACAUUUUUUAAAAGCUUUAUAAAAUUUUCAUUUUGAAGUAUAGCAAAUUAUAACUACAGUAUCUCGAUGUUGUUUACUUACUUAAUUUAAUGUAAGUGAUUUAGUUUGAAGUUGAUAAAAAAUGGCAGUAUAAAAAAUAAAAAAAUAUUGCACGGUGCAGUAUAAUUUGGAUGCACGGUGCGGUUAAAAAAUGUAAAAUACGCUAUGGCAUGAAGAAAAAAUAAAGAUUGUUAAAAAAUGCAAGAACUUUCUUUAAAAAACAAAAAGAGGCAAGUACUUUCUUUACAAAACAAAAAAUGGCAAGAACUUUCUUUACAAACCAAAAAGUCAUAAAAAUUUUUUUGAAUUAGGUAUAAAACCCUACCUGAAAAAACAGCUAAAGAUCAUGCUUGUUUGCGACAAUAAAAAGCGUUCCAAACGUGCCGAAAAAACGUUGGCCGUGAUUGUCACCGGCCCCGACCCCCCAGGCGUUUUUUAUGCGAUUUUCGAGGCUUAAUUCGAUCCAAACACAUUGCCAAUAAUUAAAACAAGUUUAUUGGUCAUGAAAAAUGGAGUCUAGUGGUGGAAAGAAAGUUCUUACUGUUUUUUAUUUUUUAAACAAAGUUCUUGCAAUUUUUUGAUUUGUAAACAAAGUUUUCACCAUUUUUUAUAUUUAUUGCAUUAAACUGUCAUUUCACUAACCACUAUUUAUCAUCGUAACGCUUUACUCAUAAAAUAUGUCAUGAUGACACAUUUCUAAUGCGUAUCAUAAUGACGAAUAUUAUGAAUACUGGGCUUUUUAAUUAAGUUUUUGCCAUUUUUAAGUUUUUUAGUUUCUUUAUUUUGAAAUUUAUGUCAUGAUGACUUGUUUUAUAUAAAAUGUUUCAUGAUGACACAUUUUUCUAUUAAAUAUUUCGUCAUGACAUUUUUUUAAAGUUUAAUUUUGAAUUCAUAUAGACUAGAAAUCAGAUUUUUUGAAAUUAAGUCAUGAUGACAUAUUUUCCAAAAAAUUUGUGUCAUGAUGACAUGUUUAUCUAUAAAAUAAAUUACUAUGACACAUUUAAAAAAAAGUUUUAUUUUGCAGUAAUAAUAGCAUAGAAUUUUUUUUUUGAAAUUAAUUAUGUCAUGAUGAUCUAUUUUAUAGAAAAUAGUGUCACGAUGACAUAUUUUCUAUUUAACAAAACGUAUGUCACAAUGUCAUAUAUUGCCAUUCUUUAUCACACACUCUCGAUUAUCACGCUGUUCGGGAACUUUGCCCUGUCGAAAGUGAACGCCCUGGCACGGUUCCCCCCUCCUCUCGUGGCUCGCGGCUCUGGCCAUUGCGAUUGGCCACGCCCUUUCGUCUUGUUCGUUCGCUUCGUCCUCAAGGGCGGGUUAAAACCGGCAUGUUUCCGUCUUGAGGAAUGGCGGGAGCUGGCUGUAUUUGUAAAGUUGUUGGCAAAGGGUAUGGUAAUCUUUAAUAAUGUUGGGCAGUGUGGUGGUUUAAGGAUGGGCAGGUUUUGGGGGUGGUAAAUUUGAUUUGUGUUGGGCAGGGUAUUUCACGGUAAGACAGGGUAGGGUAUGGUAAGGUAUCGCAAGUAGGGUUUAGUUUUAGGCGUAGGGUAGGGUAAAUCACUAUUUUUUCUUUUGGGGGUGAUAAAGAAAAUUUUAUUUUUGGGCGGGGUAAAUAAAAUUUUUAAUUUAAAAAAAACGGCAAGAACUUUCUUUCCAAAGCAAAAAAUUGCAAGAGUUUUUUUUACAUAACGAAAAAUGGCAAGAACUUCCUUUACAAAACAGAAAAUGACAAGAACUUUCGUUACAGCAUGUGAAACGCCAUUUUAAUUGAUUGUAUGCUAUGUAUGUCGUAUUUUACUUUUUAUCGCGGUAAUUUUGAUAACUUCACCUUAUUUUUCGUAUUUUAGAAAAGUCUAGUCAAUAACCAACUCUUUGGUUAAAAAUCUAAAGUCUCAAGCCUAAACCCACAGCCUAACGCUGACAAUGUUAAACUAUCUUCAGCCAAUGGACGAUCAGAUGAUAGUCGAGUCCUCAUCCUCACCCACCUCCUCCAUCUCCACCAACUUCGACGACCUCUUCAAAUCCGACCAGAUCGCCUGCAGACUGUGCCAGAAACAGUUCACCGACCGUGAUCAACUCAACGUUCACUACACCCACACCCACCGUGACAAGCCCCAGUACGAGUGCGAGAUUUGUCAUCAGGUCUUUGGCAUCAAACGCGAGCUCUCGACCCAUCUCAGGACUCACAGUGGCGAACAACCUCACAAAUGCGACAAAUGUGGCAAAGAGUUUGGUACCAGGCAGUUGUUGAAGAAGCACGACAUGUGGCACACUGGUCAACGAAGUCAUGUCUGUGAAACUUGUGGCAAAGCCUUCUUUCAGGUGGGUUACUGAGAUUUUUAUAGGCUUGGAGCGAUUUUACAGGGGGUUCUUGAGGUUUGAAGCCAUUUUUUGGUCGAUUUUAAGCUGAUUUUCAAAAAUUUUGUGAAACGGACAUGUAGAGAACACUUUGAAGUUUAAUUUGAAAAAGUUUGAAUUUUUAAAUUUGGUCGAUUGUAAUCAGUUUUGACUAAAAAUGGCCGAUUUUUCUCGAUUUUUAGCAUCUUUUGAGGAGUUGAUCAAGUUUGAGGUUGAUUUUUGGUCGAUUUUAAGCUGAUUUUUAAAAAUUUUGAAAAACAGACAUGUGAAGAACACUUUAAAGUGCAAUUUUAAAAAGUUUGAAUUUUUACAUUUGGUUAAUUUUAAUCAGUUUUGACCAAAAAUCACUGAUUUUUUUCGGUUUUCGGCCUUUUUUGGGGAGUUGAUCUAAAAUUGAAGUUCAUUUUUUGAAAUUUUUGAGUUGCAAUUUUUAAAUUUGUUGAAUGUAAACGGUGCAAAAGUCUUUAGAAUUUAAUUUUCAAAUAGUUGAUUUUCUGUAUUUUGAAAAUUUUUUUCAUUUUGAUUGAUUUUGUCCAAAAAUGCUUGAUUUUUUAAAGUUUUUGGGGAGUUGAUCAGGUUUGAAGCUGAUUUUCGAAUUGUUUUGAGUAGAAAUUUUAAAAUCUUUUGUACUAUAAAGGAGUAGAAGACUUCAAACUUUAAUUUACAUAAAUUUGAUUUUGCAAAUUUCAUUUAUUUUGAUUAGUUCUACCCAAUUUUCGACCAAGAAUGAUCGAUUUCUAUUGAUUUUUGCUGUUUUUGUCACGUUUUUUGCCAUUUUAAACAAGACUACCUAUUGUUUUUCGUAGUUUUUGAUACUUCAAUGUUGCAAAAUACAAAAUCUAUAAUUUGUUUACAAUCCCGCCAAUACGGUGGCAUAAUAUUAUUGUAUGACUAAUUUUCCCGCCGAUUUCGAUCAUUUUGCACUGUGAGUCAGAGCCUAAAAAUAAAGCAAAAAUUGGAUAAACAAUGUGUUUAAACCACUUUAACAUGGCUGGAAAUGAACUGUAAACAUGAUUUAGACGGGUUUUUGAAAUUUUUUAAAAAUUUUGAAUUUUGAAAAAAAAAUUUUUUUUUGAAAAAAUUUUUCAUUUUUUUUUAAAUUUGUAAAAUCUUUAAAAAAACGAUCAAAAAACGUAUUUUACAAAAGUUAAUUUCAGAAAGGUCACCUCACCCAACACCUGAUGAUCCACAAAGGUGGUCGACCUCAUAAGUGUGCACUGUGCGAGAAAACCUUCAUUUUCAAGUUCGACCUGAACCGCCACAUGAAAAUCCACGCCGAGCGUGGCCAUAGCUGUCGUGUGUGUCAAAAAUCAUUCGCAUCGCAACUCGAACUCGAGAAUCAUGCUUGUCGCCGAAGCCCGAAGCGCGAAAACACCCCCUUAUCAGACGUGUCGCGGCUGGACUCGACCUUCUCAUCGCCACUUCAGAACAGCCCAUACAAUGGUGCCAAAUCGAGCUUGAGUGAACGUGAUGUGAACCAGUACCAGUUGAAGUUGGUGCAAUUGAUGGUGGCAGCUCAACAACAACGGCUUUUACAGGCGGCCAAUGAACAACAACAACGAGUGUUGCAGGCUGCUUUUGGGCAAAUGGUACAACAACAGGGGGCUCAAAAUGUGCAGAAUGGUAUUGGUGCUACUUUGAAUAGUCAAGCUGGAAUUUUUGGUACUCAAAGUGGUCUACAAGGAGCUCAAAAUAGCCUACAAAGAGCUCAAAAUGGCCUUCAAACCCCGCAAAAUGGUCUACAAACCCCUGUUAAUGGUCUUUUUGGUAUCCAAAACAGCCUGCAACGACCUGAAAAUACUACUCAAAAUACACAAGAUGGCCUUCAGAAUCCUCACGAUGGUCUACAUGGUCUUUUUGGUUCUCAAAACCCACUUCAAAUUGGCCAAAAUCUCGAAAAACGCCCGAAAAUUGAACAAAACGAUCAAAAGCUCAAUGAUGACACUUUUCAACACGACCAAAACACCCUUCAAAAUGUGCCACAGAAUCUCACCGUCAACGCUGAUAACGAUUUGAGCUUGCAAAAUUUGCAUAAACAUCUAAAAAUGGGCGUAGAAGGCGACGAGGUCAAUGGACUGCACGGUGCAAACGACAAAUUUGGCUUGCACGGUGCAGACCUUCAGAAGCUCCAACUCGGCCUCCUUCUACAACAACACUCCUGCACUUUAUGUGGACAACAGUUCGAGAACCAACAAAUGCUUGCCAUUCAUGUUCAAAUGCACCAAAUGUCAGCUGAUGACAAGCUGAUCAACAUGAGCGAAAGUGGCACAAGCUCCUCAUGUGCUUCGAGGUAAGUACAAGUUCGGGACGCAGCUCUCGGUAACAUGAGCUGAAAACGAACUUGACAGACAUUUUUCGCUAGCUCAAAUGAACUUUUAAAUACGUUUUUUUAAUGAUUAGGCAUGAGUUUUUAGGGGUUUUUCGGAAAUGUGGACGAAGUGUCACAAAAUAGAACAUUUGAUUAUUGGGAUUAAAAGCGAUUUUAAAAUGCUUGAAAUUGAUUUAAAUGUGAUAAAAAAGUAUUAUAUGACGAAAUGUCAAUAAAUAUUUUUUCGAUAAAUUUUGUGACAUUUCGUCAAUUUUUUAAAAAGAAUGUAAAGCUUUUAAAAAAUGAUUUAAAACCAGUUUUAAGGGGUUUUUAAGUGUUAAAAAUGCCUAUACGGUACAAAUUUUUUUCCAAUAAUUUUUGUGACAUUUCGUCAAAAAGGUGAAAAACCUAAAUAUUCAUAAAACUUGUUAUAUAGUUAGAUUAUAUGUUGCAAAUAGCUUAUUUCUUUAUUUUCAGUCCACAAAAGGCCUCUCCAGUGUCUGUGGUAUGUUCAGAAUCGGAUCAUAUGUCCUGCGACGGCUGCGUGGAGAUGAAGUCAAAGUGUUAUUCAUUGGAGAAAGACCUGUCAAAUGCCCAGGGUGAGGUGGCUAGACUGAAGGAAUUGAUUUCGCGACUCAGUCCGUACUUGGCCAUGAUUAACUCGAAUUGA